AUGGGAACGAGAGAGAAAGAUAGAGAUCUUGAACGUCUUGUACCAUUGCCUGUGGGAAGCUUAUCAAUCUCAGAAAAUGGCUGUUCCAAAUCUUCCUUUCCUUCUGAUUCUGUAUCCGCCGCCUCCCUCUCGCAUCACUCCGGCAAGGAGGUCAUAAUUCCUCCUCCUUUUCCUAUUCAAUGCAUGCACGGUGGGUGGCGUGGGGUGGUUGUUCUUGGAAUUAUUUCUCUUUCCUCGUAUACUGGACUUGGUUUUAUAACCUCUAUUACUUUCAUUUUCUUGGUUGGAGUAUUCAUGUCCUCGUGGUUGGGUGCCUCUCUUCUCGGAUUGGGAGAAUGGCUUAUAAGAAAAAUGCCGAUUAUGAGCUAUAUCUAUGCUGCUUCAAAACAAAUUAGUGCAGCAAUUUCUCCAGACGAGAAUUCUCACGCCUUCAAGGAAGUGGCCAUUGUAAGGCACCCCCGUAUUGGAGAAUAUGCAUUUGGCUUCAUCACAUCGACUGUUAUUCUCCGUAAAAAUUCAGGUGCUGAGGAGCUCUGUUGUGUCUAUUUGCCCACCAACCACCUUUAUCUUGGAGAUAUAUUUCUCAUUAAUUCAAAGGAUAUCAUGAGGCCUAAUCUAUCCGUUCGAGAAGGCAUAGAGAUUGUAAUUUCUGGAGGCAUGUCGAUUCCGAAGAUUUUGACUAUUGUUGAUGCACCAUCCCUACUUUCUCCUAGAGUUGGGAAAUUUGCAAUACCGCAACUUUAG